AUGUCCUUCUCAAAAUGCUGCAUAACCGGCUUCACCUGGACCGGCACACCGACAGGCCGCGAAUCCACCCUCGCAUCCAAUAACACCUACAUCGCAGGCUCCAACCCCGACGUCGCAAUCCUCUUCAUCGCCGACCUCUUCGGCUGGACAUUCCCCAACGUCCGGCUCCUCGCCGACCACUUCGCACGCGAAAUCGACGCCACCGUCUUCGUGCCGGAUUACUUUGGCGGCGAAAUCCUCGACUUCGACCUCAUCGCCGCUGAGAAAUUCGACCAGCUGGAUCUGCCGGGCUUCAUAUCGCGCAACGGGCGCGAGCAGCGCGAGGCCGAGAUCUUUGAGACGGCGCGCGCGCUGAAGAGGGAUCACGGCUUUAAGAAGGUCGGGGCGGUGGGGUACUGCUAUGGCGGCUGGGCGAGCUUCAGACUUGGUGCACGGGAGCAUGCAGAGAAUGGGGAGGCGCUGGUGGAUGUUAUAUCCGUCGGACAUCCGUCGCUGUUGACGAAGAAGGAUAUCGAUGAGAUUGGCGUGCCGGUGCAGAUUCUGGCGCCGGAGAUUGAUUCUGCGUAUAGCGGGGAAAUGAAGAGCUAUACGUUUGAGACGCUGCAGAGGCUCAAGGUGGUGUUUGAUUAUCAGCAUUUCCCCGGCGUGGUGCAUGCUUGUUUCAUUCGGGGUGAUGAGAAUAAGGAGGGCGAGAGGGAGGCCAUGGUUCGGGGGAAGAAUGCGGCUGUUGAUUGGUUUAGGAGGUAUUUGAAGGCCUAG